AUGAGGAAGCGCGAUUUAGGAAUCCUUCUGAUAUCGGCGUUCGCGGUUUUCAUCUGUCUUCAGCAUGAGAGCAACUUCACGUUCAGGGAGGCGUGGUUCCACGUGCACCGCGACGACUACAACCAGGAGCUCGAGGCGCACGUGGUGCCGCCGCCCGUGGUCUUCGAUCUCAACGGCGACGGCCGCAAGGAGGUCAUUCUCGCCACCAGGGACGCGCGCCUGCAGGUGAUCGAGCCGUUCACGCCGCCGUCAGGCGAGUCGUACCAUCCAGUGCGCGUGCUCAAGGAGGUCUCGCUGCAACCCGGCCAGGUGGAGCUGAACCCAGCGGGGCACCAGGCAGUGGCGUUCGCGGUGGGGUAUCUGGACCCACCGUCCUUGAAGCCCCCCAAGAAGGCGGGCAGCGGCAAGGCGGUGAGCGUGCCGCGGCGCAAGGCGGUGGUGGCGGUGGUGACGGCGGGAUGGGCGGUACUGUGCUUCGAUCACAACCUGAAGCUGUUGUGGGAGACCAGCGUGCAGCACCACUUCCCCCACGGCGCACGCCACAAGGAGGUGGCGGUGCUGAUUGCCAACCACACCAUGCACCGGGGGGAUCGAGGCGUCGUGAUUAUCGGCGGAUCCAUGGAGUCAGACCCGCUGGUGAGGGCUCUGGUUCGGGGUAGCUUCGGAGUAGGUUUGGGGCAGGUUCGGAUAAGCGUGCAGCACCACUUCCCGCACGGCGCAUGCCACAAGGAGGUGGCGGUGCUGAUUGCCAAUCACACCAUGCACCGGGGGGAUCGAGGCGUCGUGAUUAUCGGCGGAUCCAUGGAGUCAGACCCGCUGCAAUUCGAGGAUCCAGUGGAGGAGGAGGAAGCGGAGGAGGAGGGCGAGGAGAAGCACCGCAAGGAAGCCGGGGACAAGGAUCCCCUCUCCUCACCUUCUCCUGCGCUUUCUGCGCGCUCACUCCCUGACGGGCAUUUAUCCGGGUCUGUGUUGUGCUUCUUCCCGUGCUGUGCAUCCCCCUCCCUCCUGUGCGAGCAGGAGCUGGAGGAUGUGUCAGAGGGGGCGGCAGGGGUGAACGAGCGCCACUUCUCCUACUACGCCUUUGAUGGUGCCACUGGCGCCAUGCGCUGGAAGCAUGACAGCAAGCACGAUGACCGGGGUGCAGCACGCCACUUUUCCUACUACGCCUUUGAUGUGGCCACGGGCGCCAUGCGCUGGAAGCACGACAGCAAGGACUUCCAUCGGGACAUGUCAGCGCUGAGCCAGCAGCUGUUGCCGCAGCACAACUACAAGCUCGACGCCUCCUCCCUCUCCUCCCGCCACUUCGGCGAGAUGGAGUGUCGCGAGUUCAGAGAGUCCAUUCUGAAGCACCUGCCGCACCGAUGGGACCAUCGCCAUGACACGCGCUUCGAGCUCGCCAGCAUCCACCGCCACCGCCGCCGCAUGCACAAGCGCCUGCCGGGGAGUGGCAGGCACGGGGCACCGCACCACGCAGCACACCCCCACGGCACGCCCCCCCGGCUGCUGGCAGGGCGCGACCAUGAGAGGAACGUGUUUGCGCGGGCCGUGGGGAAGGCUGUGGAUGCUGCUGGGUCCACCAAGAAGGCCAAGCACGCGCAGCACCACGUGCACGGCAAUGCAUUGGCGCACCACUGGUGGGCGCACAACGCGGUGAUAGCGCACCUGGAGGAGGGCAUCGAGGUCAUCCACCUCUACUCCGGGCGUACCAUCUGCAAGCUGCUGCUGCCCGACCAUGGCCUGCACGCUGAUGUCAAUGGAGACGGCGUUCUUGAUCAUGUGCAGGUGAGAUGCGGUGGGUUUCGGUGCAGUGCAGUGGGGCACAGCGCGGUGCAGGGGAGAAUAGGGGGCAUAGAGGCAUCAGGCGCAUUGGGAGACGAGCUGUUCACGUUUGGCAGUGAGGAGGAGGCAUCAGAGGUGGUCAAGUCCUGCUGGACCAUGGCGCUCUCCGGCAUCCCCCCCACCCAACCACUCUUCAACGGCUCUAUCUGCCGCCCCCACGCCUCGCUCUUCAACCUCGCUUCUGAGUUCCAGGAGCAGUGGAACGAGCACGCGACAGGGCAGCAGAGGGUGGGCGUGAUGGCGCCCAAAUUGCUGCUCAUACGCUCUUCCCCUCCUCCCCUCCUCCCCUCCUCCCCUCCUUCCCUCCUUCCCUCCUCCCGUCCUCCCCUCCUUCCCUCCUCCGCUCCUCUCCUGUCGCAGUUCUGA